CAGCCCCUAGAAGAGAGAAGAGCUACAGAUUCUCCAUCCUCAGUCUCUGCAAAGGGACGGCUGUGCCAGCCGUGCUCGGGCAGGCUUCUGGCAGCAUGGCAGAGAAGCUCGGGGCCCUCCUGCUGGUCCUUGUCCUCAGCCUGGCACAGCCAGCCCCGGCCCGCCGGAAGCUCCUGGUGUUUCUGCUGGAUGGUUUUCGCUCUGACUACAUCAGUGAUGAGGCCCUGGAGUCCUUGCCUGGUUUCAGAGAGAUUGUGAGCAGGGGGGUAAAAGUGGACUACCUGACCCCAGACUUUCCCAGUCUCUCUUACCCCAAUUACUACAGCCUAAUGACUGGUCGCCACUGUGAGGUCCACCAGAUGAUCGGCAACUACAUGUGGGACCCCGCCACCAACAAGUCAUUUGACAUAGGGGUCAACAGAGACAGCCUGAUGCCUCUCUGGUGGAAUGGAUCAGAACCUCUGUGGAUCACUCUGACCAAGGCCAAAAGGAAGGUCUACAUGUACUACUGGCCAGGCUGUGAGGUUGAGAUUCUUGGUGUCAGACCUACUUACUGCCUAGAAUAUAAAAAUGUCCCAACGGAUGUCAAUUUUGCCAAUGCAGUCAGCGAUGCUCUUGACUUCUUCAAGAGCGGCCAGGCGGACCUGGUGGCCAUCUACCACGAGCGCAUCGAUGUGGAAGGGCACCACCACGGGCCCUCGUCGCCGCAGAGGAAAGAAGCCCUGAGGGCUGUGGACACCGUCCUGAAGUACAUGACCAAGUGGAUCCAGGAGCGGGAACUGCAGGACGACCUCAACGUCCUCAUCUUCUCAGAUCACGGGAUGACUGACAUUUUCUGGAUGGACAAAGUGAUUGAGCUGGAUAAGUACAUCAGCCUCCAUGACCUGCAGCAGGUGAAGGACCGAGGGCCAGUUGUGAGCCUGUGGCCGGCGCCCGGGAAGCAUUCUGAGAUAUAUAACAAGUUGAGAACUGUGGAGCACAUGACUGUCUACGAGAAGGAGGCCAUCCCGAGCAGGUUCUAUUACAAGAAAGGGAAAUUUGUCUCUCCUUUGACCUUAGUGGCCGAUGAAGGAUGGUUCAUAACUGAGAACCGAGAGACGCUUCCAUUCUGGAUGAACAGCACCGGCGAGCGGGGAGGCUGGCAGCGCGGAUGGCACGGAUACGACAACGAGCUCAGGGACAUGAGGGGCGUCUUCCUGGCCUUCGGACCCGAUUUCAAAUCCAACUUCCGAGCCGCUCCCAUCAGAUCCGUGGACGUCUACAACAUCAUGUGCAACGUGGCAGGUGUCGCCCCCCUGCCCAACAACGGGUCCUGGUCCCGGGUGACAUGCAUGCUGAAGGACCCGGCCAGCUCGGCCCUGGCUGCGCGGCCGGGCGCCUGCACGUUGGCCUUGGUCCUGUUGGCGCUGCUGUCCUGAACUCCUAGCGCAGCGUGUGCCCUGCCCCACGGGGGAGGCCUUGCCGUUUCCUAUUUCACUAAUAGCUCCGUCAAUUCAAUCAAGGCCAUACAAUUGCAGGUGUAUUAGUCUUGGAUGGUUCUA